AUGGGGCGAAAGACAAAGAAGUUAAAGCCUGAAAAACUCCACCCGGGCACACAUAUUGGAGAGCUGUGGGGGAAGGCCCAAGAAGCCUCUAUCCCUACCAUGGCGUCCCUCCAUGGCGGAUGCUCAGACUUCUACAGUGAAUCUUCGGAUGACGCAGAAGGGGAGCCCCUACAAGCCAACCCCAAACUACCACUGAAUCAAACACAGCCCCCACCACCCGCCGCAACCCCUACCCCGGUGAGCAUGGAGGCCAUCAGAGAAUUAAUGGCAGACCACCAUAAGAAAAUAUCAGCGGAUGUGGCCUCAAUUCGGGACACGCUGCAGGGCCUCAAUGGACGACUUGGAGCUGUGGAACACACCACGCAAGUCCAAGACACACAUAUCAAGGAGCUACAGCAAGAGAUACUGGCGCUGAGGAACCUGUCUAAACAAAAUGACUUACGAUUUGCUGAGCUGGAAGAUAAACGUCGGCUGAAGCAUCUCAAGAUCAGAGGAAUAACAGAUACUGUGACGGACUCUGAACUGCCCCAUUUCGUGCGGCGGCUCCUCACGGUAAUGCUAAAGCCAAAGCAGUGAUACUGGACGAAAUAUUCCGUAUCCCAAAACCCGCUAAAGCUCCAGACGCAGCCACCCGUGAUGUGAUCCUGCAGUUUCAAGCCCAACGAGACAGAUCCGCAGUCCUGGCCGUGGCCAGGCUCCAACAGACCUACCCCUUCGAAGGUAUGAACCUAAUGUUUUAUGCGGACCUCUCGGGAGCCACUUUAGCCUGGAGGAGAUCCCUGCAACAAUUGACAUCACUUCUGCGUGAGAAACAUGUCAUAUACCGCUGGGGCCCAGCCCACACCCUGACGGUAACAAAAGGCGAAGAUACGCAUAAAAUUCACUGCAUACAAGAGGCACCGAUGAUCCUGGGGCUGCUCGGCCUCCCCCAGAACGCAUUGACCCAGCCAACACCUAAGGACAGACCUCGGAACCCCCCAAGUUGGGAAACGGCUAGCGCUGCUGAAUUUGUCCCCAGACGACAGAAAGAAUCACCCACCGUCACUGCCACAACCUGA